AUGUCAAGUAGUGAUUUCAGUAGUGAAAGCGAUUUUGAUAUGGAUGUAGAUGAAGGGACUGCAGUCGGCUCAGUGAUGCCAUCAAUUCAAGUUUCUGAAGCCCCACGCAUAAUUGAAUCUCAAGUCUCUGCUCAAAGUGACGAAGACUCAGAACUAGAAGAGCCACCAAAAAUAACAGUAUUAAAAUCAGAAAAAGAGCCUUCAAGUGUAGAAAUCUCAUCAGGUUCAAGCGACUUAGACUCAGUAGUCGACACUCCACAGCCAAAACAAAGUCCUCCAAAAGAAGAAAUGAAAUUUCUUGCAGUCAAUAAAAAACCUAUGACAAUCGGUGUAAAAGAUUUCAACAAAACAGUCCCAUCGCCCAUGAUUUCUCCUAUAACAAAACCCAAACCUUCCCCAAAUAUGCUAACAACCCAAAAAAAGCAUCUGCAUACAAAGUCAUCUAGAGACUUUUCAGACCUAAAUUUUGAUGAUGACUUUGCCUCUACUCAAAAGCCUAAAGGCAAGCCUAUUGAUGUGGAAAGGCUAUAUAGAUUUCAAGCCAAAACACAAGCAAAAAUAAAAGAACUUGCUGGCGCUCAGGUGAAAAAAGAUAUGGAACAAUGCACUUUUAAGCCGAAUAUAAAGACAAGCAGAGAGAAAAGAACUGCGGAGGAGUUUAUUAAUGAUAUGGAGAGGAUGGAAAAGACAAGGCAAAAUGCUAUUGAAAAUUUGAGGAAUGAAAACCUAAAAGCAUAUGGAAGAGGAGGUCUGAAGCCCAAACCAACUAUAUGUAAAAAGUCAAAAAUAAUGGUUAAGCAGCAUCAAAACGGAAAAAAUAAGGUACCAGUGCAUGAAAAAUUGUGAAAAGAUCACACAAAAAAAGAUAGAGAGCAACUAUUAUCGCCUAUAAAAUCAGUCAAAGAAGAUCGGAGAUCAUUUACCCCAAGCAUCAAUCAAAAAUCUUUAAGAUUAGAAAGAAGUGAAUCCAUUGACAAUAGGCUAUAUAAUGACGCAUUAAGAAGAAAAAGAGCAGCCAGCGAAAGCCCAGUUACGGAAAGUGUCUUCCGAGGACGUCUAAUAACAGAAAACUCCGAAAAAGUUCUAGCAAAAAAAUUUGAAAUUGAUUUUUCCUCCAAACUAAAAGAACUAAACAUAGAAGAUGCAAUAAAUUAUACUAAAUUUGUAACAUUAUUGAAAGCUAUGAGCUUCAUUAUUGGUACUGAUAAUGAUGAAGAGAGGAACACUAUUAUUGAAAUUUGGAAGCUUUUAAAGCCAAUAGAAAACUAUGUGAGCAUAGAAAAUGUGCUUACUCCUUACACAAUUUAUUUUUUAUAGAUAAAAAUACUAUUAUGCAAUCCAAUUUCAUAUUGCCAAAACAAAAAAUUUAAAUAUAGCCAAUUCUAGUUUAAAUAGGGGGAGUGCAAGUAGAACACUAUUUAAACAAAGCUAGCACAUAAAUCAAUAAAUUUAUAAUUUAAUUUUAUAAAAAUUAAUUAUCGUAAAAAAAAUAUCUUAAAUUUGGAACAGACAUCUUAAAGGGAAGAGUUAAUAUUUUUAAAGGUAUUAUGAACUAUCCUUUAUCUGAAGGAAAUGAAGAAUUAUUGGUAUUUGAUAGAGACUUUCUUCAUAAAACCUUUUUUAGCUUGUCAGAAAACAGAACAAAUGCUGUUUCAUUUUCUAAUAAAAAUCCAAGAUUUAAAGAUAAAAUUAAGCAAUAUAGCUUUAGACCAAGCUUAAAUAAAACAAGCUCAUUACUUGCAGGGAGGUCAAGAAAUAACCGCAGUUUCUUGUCUGGGCAAAAAAGUAACGUUGAUUUCUUGGUAACUGAGCAGCAAGUUCUGCAGGAAAAAUGGGAAGAAAUGAAAAAGCUUAAGGAAAAAGAAGAUGCCAAGAAAUACACUUUCAAACCAACGAUAAACAAAAAGAAGCCUGCAGCACCAAGCACACCGAAAAACAAGGAUAUGUUGGCUGCCCAAUAUAAGCAGCUUAGCUCAGAAAAAGAUAGAUUUGAAGCUCUUUACAGCCUAGCAAAGGUAGAAAAAAGCAAAAAAGAAAAGAUAGCGAAGUCGAAAGAAGAUAUUGAAAUUGAAGAAAAUAUGAAAGAAUGCACCUUUACACCUAAGCUCGAGACUCAGAAGUUUAAUAAUGAAUAUGAUCAAGUGAAAGGUGUUUCUCAAAUGAUUAAUAAACUAAGAAAAGGAAAAACUGAAGUAAGCGAAGAAAAUUCUUAUAGGAAAGGAAACAGCUUAUCACAAUCAAGGCAGUCACGGCUAUCAAAUUAUGAAAAACAAUUAACCAAAGAUAUAGGAGAAAGAGAUACUUAUCAAAAUUCAGAGAGUUCAGAAGAUGAGGACUGCUUGACUGUAUCAGUGAAUCUUCCUAAUGGAGUUGUAGACACACUAGUGAUUUACCGCCAUGAUAAUAAAGCUGACGUUAUCCAAAGGUUCAUUGACAAGCAUUCUAUUGAUGACUCCUCAGCAAAAAAAUUAAUAGAUGGCUUAAAUUAG